CACAUGGCUGAAUUCACAACAGAUUUUCAAAGUUUUAGACCCUCCUUUCCUUUCUUAGACGUUGAUCCAAACUUGGAACUUAUAAACCAGUUCACAGGCAUGAUGAGCCCCCUUGUCCUGGACAACUCUAAUCUCAAUGUCCAGAGCUUGAUUCCCUUCUCUCAAGAACCUGAUUUUCCAGAAAAUUUCCCCGUUUUACCGGCAGAAAAUGAAAUCCAGGAUAGUCAAAAGAGGAAAGCGAUGGAUGUUACGGAAACCAGUUCUGUAAGUCCAACUCCUGCAGUUUCUGAGAGUGGAAGCAAGGUCGUUAGUAGUUCUGGAAGAGGUAAGAGAACAAAGAGCAAUGUAGCAGAAGAAGGUAAACCAAAGGAAGUGGUUCAUGUCAGGGCCAGAAGAGGUCAAGCUACAGACAGUCACAGUUUAGCAGAAAGGGUCAGAAGGGGGAAAAUCAACGAAAAAAUAAGACGCUUGCAGACCAUUGUCCCAGGAUGCUACAAGACCAUGGGUAUGGCGGUGAUGUUGGACGAGAUUAUAAACUAUGUCCAGUCCUUGCAGCAUCAGGUGGAGUUUCUAUCUAUGAAGCUGACUGCGGCAAGCACCUUCUACGAUUUCAAUUCAGAGACAGACGCUAUAGAAGCAAUGCAGAGAGCAAGGGCAUUCAAGGCAAAAGGAUUAUCCUCAAGAAAUGAUAGUGAAGAAGGAUAUGGCGGAGGGGUUUCUUGCUUUCAUCCAACUUGGCCUCUCUAGUUUCAGUUUUGGGGAGUUCUAUGAUUCUGUCUCAUCAACCACGGAAAAUUAUUAAUAGAUUAAGAGGACGCUCCAUAACUUGUCCUUUUCUUUUCAAAUGAAAGCAUCCAUUUGUUUCCACACCAUGCUGUAGCUGAAUGUGGACAUUCUUGCUUGUAAAGUCCCUCUCAAAUGUCGCAAGCUUAUAUAAAAGCUUAGAUUUUCAUGUAUUUGUGUACAAUCCUUCAAAUAAGUGGAUAAAUAUAUGGAU